AUGCUGAGAAAGGAGUUCCACGGGUUAUUUUGCCCCCUGACUCUUGUCUCCCCCGCAGAGCAAACAGCCCAGCUGAAGAAGCUGCAGGAGCAUGAGAAGCGGCAGAAGGUCGAGUUCCGGAAGCAGAUGGAGAAGGAGGUGUCCGGCUUCAUUCAGGACAGCAGCCAAACCAAGAAGAAAUUCCAGCCCAUGAACAAGGUUGAGCGCAGCAUCCUGCACGACGUGGCGGAAGUGGCUGGACUCACCUCCUUCUCCUUCGGCGACGAUGAGGAUUCGCGCCACGUCAUGGUUUUUAAGAAGGAAUUUGCCCCCUCGGAUGAGGAGCUGGAAACCUACCGCCGAGGCGAGGAGUGGGACCCCCAGCAGGCACAGGAGAAGCGCCGGCUCAAGGAGCUGGCUCAGAAGCAGGCAGAAGAGGAGGCCCUGCGGGGGCCCACGGUGGUGCACCCCAACAGCGACUACAAGGACAAGUACAGCCACCUCAUUGGCAAGGUGGCCGCCAAGGACGCUGCCCACACCAUGGAGGCCAACAAGGCCUACGGCUGUGUUCCCGCGGCCAACAAGAGGGACACGCGCUCCAUCGAGGAGGCCAUGAACGAGAUCCGGGCCAAGAAGCGCCUGCGCCAGUCGGAGGAGGAGAGCCGGGCACCGCCCGCCAAGAGCUCGUAGGGCAGGGCCGCGCUCAAGUGUGUCGGGGAUCCUCUCCAGAGCGGCUGGGGCUGCCCUCCCUGAAUCCUGUUCCUCGGAGGAGGAGGAGGAUCUGCGUUCGUUCUCCCCCCCCCUGCCCUCCUCCCCCUCUUCUCCUUGCACUUCUUGAGUAUUUUUAACCCAGAGCCUUGGCUGGCGUCUUGAUUUUAAUUCCGGCGAGGGAGGUGACCGUGGUCAGGGCUGCCCUCAUGGGGUGCCGGGACUGAGCGGAGGGCCACGCCCUGGGCCCUUGGAGGACUUUCGGGGUCAGUGAGUGAGCCUCCCCAAGUUUCUCUAGUGUGCUGCUGAAGCCCCCCACCCUUGCUUACGUUCGGAGGGGGGCCCAGUAGCCCAUAUGGAGGCAGCCUUCCCCUUUGCCCUUCCCUCUUGCAGGCUUGGGGGUGGGUGAGCUUUUCCGCCCCCCUCUCCAGGCCUUCCAGCCUGUUUGAGGGGCUAUCCGCCCACCAGAGAGACCUGCAGCCGCUGGCACACUCCUGCCCAUGGUGCCCAGUGGCCCCGGUGGUGUGGCCUCUGGCACUGCAGACCAUAUGAGCCAGAGACAGACACACACACACACACCCCACCGCACGGUGCAUCUGUGAAAGGGCUCAGUGGGAUUCAGAACAUGACUUGCGGCUGUUUCUCCUCCACUUGAAUCCCUUGCCAGAACUGGAAGGUUUUUAUUCGGCUGGCAUUUCCAGCGUCUCUCCCAAUGUGAAAUGGCUGUUCUCCUCUCCC